AUGUCGGCUCACGUUCUCGGCGACAAGGACAUCAACGCCUCCAUCGAGCAGCAGCAGCAGCAGUCCAAGGACGUCAAGAGCAUGGACUACCACCGCCAAGUCUUUCAGAGCAAAAUGGCCCAGGAACCUACCAAGCAAUAUGUCUCGCCCUCGGACAACAUCAUGAGCCCCUGCUCGGCCAAGAUUAACGCCCUCCGCAAUAAGCACGUCAGCAAGGCCAAGCCAAAGUCGCUGUUUGCCCAGGCGAGCGCUAAGAAGCUCGGCGGCGACAAUCUCUUUGGCAGCAAGUCCAUCCCCAAGGAGUAA